AUGACUUUCUACAAAUUGAAUAUUCGAUGGAACUACAAAAAGAGACUUGAAGCAGACGUAGCCGGUGAUGUCGAGCGGGUAAAUCGGGAGGAAGGACAAGUGAAAAGUACGGUAGUUAAUGAAAUUCUUUCGCGAAUAUUCUCAAACGAACUCGCAUCAGUUUCGAACGUUGUAGCAGUGUUGCUAACGCUAUCGUGUCGUGCGCUGGUCGGUAUCUGCUAUGAGUCGUUGUGUGGAAGAUUCGGGGCUUUUCCAGGGGUGUUGCUCGGAGUUGACGGCUCUAAACUUCCAGUGUUGAUAUUGCAUGUAUAG